AUGUUCACCAACGCUCUCCGUUCAGCGGCUCGCCCCGCGAGCCGCACGCUCGCCCUCGCACGUGGCUUCCGCUCGUCCGCGGCCGCCAACAAGAAUGUUGCCAUCGCCGGCUGCUCGGGUGGUAUCGGCCAACCGCUCUCGCUGCUCCUCAAGAACGACCCACUCGUCACGUCCCUGCGCCUGUACGACCUGCGCAUGGCACCUGGUGUCGCCGCUGACGUCUCGCACGUCAACACCCCCGCCGUCGUGACAGGCUACGCGCCAGACAACAACGGGCUUGAGCAGGCCUUCCAGGGUGCAGAUGUCAUCGUCGUCCCUGCAGGCGUGCCGCGCAAGCCGGGUAUGACGCGUGACGACCUGUUCAACACGAACGCCUCCAUCGUCAGAGACCUCGCCAAGGCAGCCGCCAAGGUCGCACCUAAGGCUCAUAUUCUCAUCAUCUCCAACCCGGUCAACUCGACCGUCCCCAUCGUCGCCGAAGUCUUCAAGAAGGCCGGCGUCUACGACCCCAAGAAGCUCUACGGCGUCACCACGCUUGAUGUGACCCGUGCUUCGACGUUCCUCUCGGGCAUCGCGGGCAGCAAGCCGUCCGAGACGAUCGUCCCCGUCGUUGGUGGACACUCUGGCGUGACGAUCGUCCCGCUGCUCUCGCAAGCUGGCAGCGCCAACGCGUCCGUGCAGCCUGGCGAGCAGUACGAGAAGCUCGUGCAUCGCAUCCAGUUCGGCGGUGACGAGGUCGUCAAGGCCAAGGACGGCGCGGGGAGCGCGACACUCUCGAUGGCGUACGCCGCUGCCGUGUUCACCAACUCGCUCCUGCGCGCCCUCGGUGGCGAGCAGGGUGUGAAGGAGUGCGCGUACGUCGACAGCCCGCUGUACAAGGACCAAGGUGUUGACUUUUUCGCCACCCCCGUUACUCUUGGCACCGAGGGCGUCACCGAGGUCCACCCCGUGGGCCAGAUCAGCAAGGAGGAGGAGGCUCUCCUUCAGGCCUGCCUGCCCGAGCUCAAGAAGAACAUCCACAAGGGUGAGUGCCAGGCGAUGUAA